AUGGGAUAGAGGAGAGCGAGGAGGAGGAGGAGGAGAGAGUGAAUGAGAGCUGCUGGAUCUGCCUUGCCUGCGUGCCUGCCUGCCUGUCGUCUGCUGAAGCUGGGUUUACCGCCGCGCCACGCUGCACUGGCACAGAGCAGAGUCACGGCCCAUUUGCACCACCGUCCGCACACUCAGCACCAACACGGAGCCACACAGCACCGGUCCUGACUCCACCAGCAAAGACAACCAGGGACAGAGCUCACUGGGCUUUCUCCAUCAUCAAGGGGGGGACGCAGCAGCAACGAAAGGGGCCUGACGCUACAAUUUAGGCACCAGCUGCUACCUCAACCAAAUCCCCCUCCACCUUAUCCCAUCCUUACCAGCACCACCACCACCACUCCUCUCUUGCUCCUCCCUAUGCCCUUGUCCUCGGCGGCUCCUCUCACCUCCCUGGCCAGUAUAUGGAUAGAAGCUCCCUGUUUCAGCUCAUACAAGAGCAGCUGGACCCAGACAACACCGGUUUCAUCGCUGUGGAGAACUUCACCAGCUUGGUGGAGCACCAUGAACUGCAGCUGGACCCGUCCAAACUGGACAUGCUGUUAGCCCUGGUCCAGAGCAAUGAAGAGGGACAGGUGUGUUACCAGGAGCUCAUCGAGCUGAUGAGCAGCAAGCGCUCCAGCAGUUUCCGACGGGCCAUUGCUAAUGGCCGCCGCACGCUGCAAAGGGAGAUCCUGCUGGACGAGACGGGGCUGGGUCUGUACAAACGUUUUGUCCGCUAUGUGGCCUACGAGAUCCUGCCCUGCGAGACGGACCGACGCUGGUACUUCCACCAGAACCGCCUGUGUCCUCCACCUGUCUUCAUCGCCAUCGUCACCAUCGUACAGAUUAUUGUGUUCAUGUGCUAUGGCAUCAUGCUAAACAAGUGGGUGCUGCAGACCUAUCAGCCUGACUUCAUGAAGAGCCCCCUGGUCUAUCAUCCUGGCCACCGUGCACAAGUGUGGCGCUUCUUCAGCUACAUGUUCAUGCACGUUGGUUUGGAGCAGCUGGGGUUCAAUGCUUUACUGCAGCUGAUGAUUGGUGUUCCUUUGGAGAUGGUCCAUGGCAUCUUACGAAUAAGUCUGCUCUACAUGGCAGGAGUGCUGGCCGGCUCGCUGACUGUGUCCAUCACCGACAUGCGUGCUCCAGUGGUGGGGGGCUCCGGCGGGGUCUACGCUCUGUGCUCAGCGCAUCUGGCCAACGUCGUCAUGAACUGGGCCGGGAUGCGUUGUCCAUACAAGCUGCUCCGCAUGAUCCUGGCACUAGUUUGCAUGAGUUCGGAGGUGGGCCGUGCAGUCUGGCUCCGCUUCUCACCGCCGCUGCCCUCCUCAGGGCCCCAGCCCAGCUUCAUGGCACACCUGUCAGGAGCCGUGGUCGGCAUCAGCAUGGGGCUGCUGAUUCUGCGCAGCUACGAGGAGAGUCUGCAGAAACAGUGCUCCUGGUGGGUCAUCGUCUUCUCCUUCAUCACCUUCCUCCUCUUCGCCAUCUUCUGGAACAUCUUUGCAUAUGAGCUGCUGGGAGUGCAGAUACCGCCUCCUCCCUGAUGAAGGCCCCCCCUUGCCCGCAGGCCCUCCUCCACAUACAUACUGACUCCAGCCCUGCUCCAAACAAAGGCUCCCCUUUGACCAUAGUUAACUUUCCCAUCAUCUCUCAAGUUAGUCCCAAAUGAAAUGAUAUGAAAUCAUUCGAAACGAAAAAAUCGACCAAGAAUCCUUUUUUACAGAUACUUUGCAAAUCAAAGAAAUAUGUCUCUUUUAUUAAAGAGGGAUUACAGUAGCAACAAGUACAGGUGAAAGUUCCUCAGAUCCAUUUUGAGGAGCCUUUUAUCUUUUUAUAUAUACGUUGAAGUCUCAUCCACAUUACCAGCACUAACCUUUGAGUGAGCAUUUAGCCGCCGGGCUCUUCAUUUCAGAGGCCUAUUGAAAAGCUGUUUCAUCAGUCGUUUCUUUGAGUGCAUCUUUCAUACAUGUAAAGAAGAACCUGAGUUGAUGACACGUGCCUGUGGUGAAGAGGAAGGGGAAUUAAAGGGUGCGGUAGGAGCGUGCUGUGGCGGUGACAAUGCUGAAAAAACACCAUGAGAAAUUUUCUUUCAUGACGUGCAGAGAUCAGGAUCAGCUGCAGAGAUGCCCCUUAAACUAAUAGGGUUUUGCUUUAAGGCACUUAAACAGAGUAGAUGCUUGAAUCUGAGUCCUUUUAGCUGCUUUAAAUGGAGAUUUAAAGAAGAAUUACAGGAAGAGAGUGUUUAAGUCUGGGGGCAGCAAUAAAAAAAAAUACAGAAGCACCAAUUAAAUAUGAUUGCUGGUAAGGUUGUUUUAUUUCACAGCCCUGCUGUAACUCACAGGGGUCACUCUGGCUUUUUGCAAAAGUGCUGACACACUGAUUGAAAAACAAAAAGCAGCUACACACGUUUCCUUCAAAUUGAGCUGCUGAGAAGAAGCUCCAACCCGAUUAUAAGGCAUCAGUCAAAAUUCUUUAUCCCUGAGUCCAAAUGGUUUUCCCAGAGCAGUCACAGGAAGAAUGGAGGAGAAAAGUUUUGAAUGCAAGAUUUCAGGCAAGUUUAAUGUGAGUUCUGUCAUCUUCAAGGAGUACCUUAAUUUGCAUCAGUCAUUUUCACUUCAUGGGGUCUUAAAAAAUUAGAAGACAUACGUUUUUUUUAUGUUUUUUUCCAUGACACGAUACCUACACUGUGGAUACAGAAACAUAUUUCACACAACAUAGACAAGACGUGAAGAUGGGAAAUGAAAGUGUGACAGGAGAAGAAAGAAAAAGAAAAAGAAGCUCGUGAGAAAAUAACAAGCUGAAGUUUCCUGGAUCACUUAAACGAGUGAACUCCUCCUGUCGCUGUGUCAAACUAUCCACCGACUUGUUAGGCGCACCGUGUAAAAUAUGCCAUGUCAUGCUCUGUGGCUCUCAGCGAGACAAGGACACCCACACACGCACACUCACAAACACACACACACUUCUCCUCUUUGUCUGAGAGAGCAGCCACUGCCUGAAUCUGUAGGUCAACGUGGACAAACUGAAGAGAAGAAUACACACACACACACGUACACACACACAAGCACACAUACACACUGGCCUCUGCCUGUUCUCGCUCUGACAGACUGAACUGGGGAGGGCGCGGAUGUGUCAUCACCUGACCUCUGACCUUCGUGUCCCAGAGGGCAUUGGGGUCUCUCUGUCAGGCCCAGUCUAUACCUCAGUUUCUCAUUCUUAGGGACUGUAUACUUUUGUAAAGGAAUGUACCUAUAAAGAAAAAAAGAGUGUUAUUAAGUUGUCCCCGUUUUUCAUUUGAUAGUGGAUGUGUAUAUUGUAUGUUCAUAACCAAGAGUAUAUUUAUUUGUAUUUUUUUUUCCCUCUUUGAGGGGGAAAAGAGAAAAGUUUCAAAUGGUGCAAAAUUAAUGCUAUGAUUGUUGUUCUUCUGAUAACUCCUGUAUGGCUUUGAAAAAUAGUCUAUGAGGCAGAAUCCCCUGGUUUGUUAGAUGACCACCGACGACUCAAGCUCACUUGAUUUUAUAAAUCUUAGUGCUUUACAAAAUAAGCCAUAGAAAGAACUAACUGGAGAGGGUAAAAGCAGAGGAGAAAAAACAUGUUUGAUGGUUUGAAACCUGCUGGUUGGUAGCUUCAGUGAAACUUUUUUUUUCUGUGUGAACAUAAUUUAUUCAUUGUGAAUAUUCAACAGGUGAGGUGAAAGAAGAGAAACUGUGCAAGUACGAGCCUGUGAACCUCUCGACUGUUGGAUAUAUUAUCAUGUAGCGGGACACAUUUUUACAACUUGUUUCGCCAACUUGUUUGUAGUCAACGCAGCUUAAUUUUUUUUCAAGCGCCCACGUCUUCAAACUCUCCCCUGCAGCGCGCCGACGUCUCGCUGCGGCUCUUCUUUUUUGCAAAAUAACAAAGUAUGGACAGCGCUCCUGUCGUAUAUUAUCUCCAGAGUGAUUCAAGCUUUUUGGAAAGCUGAGGCGAGGAUAGCAAUUACAUUUACUCAUGCUACGUUCCAUUUUUCAGUCUUUCAAUCAAUAAUUCAUUUGAAUGUCCACUGGCUGCCUGGGGAAAAAAAUGUUAUGCAUUUGCCAAUUUUGAUAGUUGGCUAUAAAUACAGUCUUCAGCAUUUGCUUCCACGUGAAACUGUCAGUAGUAACAGAAGACUCAGUGUUAAAUGAGGAAAUCUGUAUGAAAUAGCCAGAAAAAGCCAUUUUCAGAUGCAUUAAAAAAAGAAAAGAUCAGCCAAUACGUGGUAGUAAUGGAUCUUUGAUGGAAACUUGUGUAUACUAGGGAAUAUUAUUGCUUGGGAUAGCAAAGAUACAUCGAUGAAUAAUGCAUACAUACCCUGUUAGCCUAUAAUGAAGAUAAAGAGGAUGCCUGAGAGGAGGUUAAUGUGCCUCUUUAACUGAAGAUUCAUAGGAACCCAGAAGGGUUGUAAAAAGGGCUAGUAAAUGGCUAUGUUUUUGUAGAACACAUUAACUGUGAAUAUUACCCCUCCUGGAAGAACAUGCAGGACUAAAAUUGAAGGCUUGUGAAUUCUUGUUGCCCCUUAAAAGAUACUCUUCUCCUCAUGCAAAGUAAAAUGAUUAGCUUUUAUUUUUUUUAAAGGUUCAGUGUGUGGGAUUUAUGGAGAUAUAGUGACAUCUAGUGGUGAGGGUUGCAGAUUGCAGCCAGCUGAAACUGCUUCCGGUUAGAAUUCCUUCAGUGUUUAUUGUUCAGGAGGUUUUCUGUGAUAACUUUAUGUGUGCUCACCUUAUUUCUGAUUCAGAUGUUCAGGAGGUUUUUACUAGUAGCUAAAUUAUCCGCAGAGGUCUCUUCCUCUCCAAUACAACCUGACUCGCUGAUUGAACCCAGUAAAAACACUUAAUGAAGCAGUGUCUUGUUACAGUAAGUGUUUCUCUGGCGCUGUUUGGCAUGUUGGAGAUGGCUGCUGGCCCAGCACCUGCCUAUGUGUGCUCACAUUUUGUCUCUGAUUACUUAAGAUCCAGAUGUUCAAAAACUUUUUACCAGCAGCCAAAUUAUCCACAGAGGUGUCCUCUUCUCCAAAACAAACAGAUCCACAGACCCCAAACAGAUUUAAACUUGUAAAAACACUGAAUAAAGCAGUGUUUCUCUGACGCUCUCAUAACGUAGGGGCUGUUAAUGUGGUUUGUCUAUUCUGGGCUACUGUAGAAACAUGGCAGUGCAACAUGGCAGCUCCCUUUGUAGAUAUUAACGGCUCAUUCUUAGGUAACAAAAACACAACGAUUCUUAUUUUUAGGUGAUUAUUAAGUAAAGAAAACAUACUUAUUAUAUGUCAUUUCUACCAAUGUAUCCCCCUAAAUCCUACACACUGGACCUUUAACUUAUUAAGUAUCUCCUGGAUAAAAGCAGACAAUGGCAUCAUCAACACAAGAGAAAAUGAUCAGUGCAUGUAUCUUUAAUGACGAGGUGGAAGUGGAAAGUUUUCAGAAGUAGUUUAUUUACUUCUCCAUAAGCCAAAUCUCCUGAGCCUGAGCCAGCCACAGCACCAACACCCCUUCUAAAAAAAGGCAGUCACCUCCUGUCUGAUAAAAGCCGCCUCCUGCUCUCAGACAGCAUCUUAAAGGAGACGAGCGAUCGAGGCCUGACUCGCAUCCUCUGGCUUGACAGUAUGUGACGGCUUUUUGGUUUGUGAGGGAUGGCGGGACAGCAGAAACAGCAGAAACAACAGUGUCGGCACUCUUCAUAAAAACCUCAGCAGCGUACGUGCUCUCCCAUCCCGUCGUGCUCGUGUCACAACACCCCCAGUGUCAGGAUGAUGCAUGGCUGUUACAGGGGAUACACCAGAGAGCUCAAAGCUAGAACCGUAAACAGGAUAUCUUCCUUUAAUAAGUGGAUCUGACAGGCUGCAUGAUGUUAAUUUAAUUGCUGUCUUUUGAGUGACACAUUUGUUUUCAACAGUAUAAGAAAGGCACGGUGAGGGAUGGCAUGAGCUGAAUAGGAGCAGACUAUCAAUAACGUGAUCCAUCAUCUUUGGGUAAUCCACAGUCCCCCCCCCCCCCCCCCCCCC